AUGGCUAUUAAGCUUGAUCUGUCGAAAGCUUUCGACAGAUUAGAAUGGGUUUUUAUUAUAGAAGUUUUUAGGAAACUUGGAUUUUCUGAGGACUGGUGUCAGAUUAUCUUCCAAUGUAUUAGCUCGGUUUCUUAUUCUGUCCUUAUCAAUGGUUCUCCGGGAGAGGAUUUUGCUCCUUCUAGAGGUAUUCGUCAGGGGGAUUGUAUUUCCACUUAUAUCUUCAUUCUUUGCAUGGAGAUUCUUUCUCAAAUGCUGCUUAAAGCGGAAUCUGAUAACACGAUUCAUGGUUUCAGAAUUAGGAAAAAUAGUCCUUCUAUUACUCACUUGUUUUUUGCAGAUGACUGCAUGUUGUUCUUUAAGGAUUCUAUAGUUUAUGCUCGAAAUCUCAUGCAGAUUCUCAAUAAAUUUGCCAAAGCGUCAGGGCAAGACAUUAAUUUCGACAAGUCAGGUUUCUUUACUAGUUCAAAUAUGCAUCAUAAACAUGUCAAGCUUCUUUCCAGAACUUUAGGGAUCAAAUAUUUGUCUAGUUCUGUAAAAUAUUUAGGGACUCCAUUAUUCAUCAAUAGAGAUAGGACUAGAACUUUUCAAUUCUUAACUGAUAAGUUCUAUGCUAGAUUGGGAAACAUGAAAAAGACAAAUCUGAAUGUUGCUGGUCGAACAGUUGUUACCAAGCAUGUUUUGUCUAGCCUUGCAUCUUAUCACAUGUCAUCUUGGAGACUUACUCAGUUUCCAGAUCACUUAAUUUCUGUUUACUUGAAAGAUAAAUAUUUUCCGAAUCAAAAUCUGCUUGAAAUUGAUAAAGCAGCUGAUUCCUCUUCUUGGAUUUGGAAAGGAAUAGUUAAAAGUAUUAGUUUUCUGAAAAUGAACAUUGUUAUUAAAAUAAAUAAUGGAAGAUCAACUAGGAUCUGGUCUUCUAACUGGUUGCCGUACUCAGCUGCUCCUCCAUUGUCUGCUAGUCUCAAUUACCUUAAUUACACUUUUGUAUAUGAACUUAUUGAUCAGCAGCAAGGUUCUUGGAAUGUUGGUUUUCUGCAUAACCUUUUCUGCCCUGAAGAUGUAGUUAAAAUAAGCACUAUUCGUCUGAAUUUACUCUGUCAAGAUAAAAUCAAAUGGACUCAUACUAAGGAUGGAAAUUUUAUUAUUAAAUCUUCAUAUAAAGUUUAUACUAAUGAUUAUUGUUCUGCUGAGGACUCUGCUUUCUGGGAAAAGAUUUUACUUGUCCUCUCUUCAAGAAUGACUGUGAGACAGUUCUUCAUCUCUUCUUUCUCUUCCCUAUGGUUUGACAUUAGAAUUGGUCCUUCUCCUUUUCCUGUGGGAUGGACUAGCAUUGGGUCAAUUGUUAUGUGGUGCAUUUGGAAGCUGAGAUGUGAAGUAGUAUUUCAAAAUGUUGCCAUUAAUUUUGAUAAAGUCAUUCGUAAUAGUAGAAGAAUGAUAACCACUUAUAUAAAUCCUCCUACUGAGAUAAUUUGCAGGAAGGAUGUUAGAACUCCUAGAACUGAUGUUAGACAUAUUUUCUUCUUGGAUGGUUCUUUUAAAAAAUUUAAUAUGGGAGUUGGUCUGAUUCUUUGUGAUGUUACAGGAAGAAUAGAAUGCUCUCGUUCGGAUUUUGGGCUAGUUCAGGAUGCAGUUUCUGCGGAAGCUACUGCAUUAGUUUUGGCGAUUUCCUGGGUCAGGGAAUUGAACUUGUCCAAAGUUCUCUUAGUUAGUGACUGCCUUCAAGUGGUUGAUUUUUUGAAUGGAGAUUGUUGCUCGGCUGGAUGGAGAUGUGGGGAUCUUCUUGCUGAAUGUAGAAGUUUUAUGUCUAGAAGUGGUGUCUGUAGGCUUGUUUAUAUUAGGCGUGUUAAAAAUAAAUUGGCUGAUCGGCUUGCACGCCGUGCCAGACGGUUGUAUCUUAAAGAUUCGUGGUCUUCUCUUCCACCUUUUAUGAACUGUUAUGACAGGGAUGAAAACAUUUAUCGACCUCUUUCCUUACCCAUAAACCAGCACCAAGGUCUCUUCAAUUUCACUUCUCAAUCAAUAAACAGAGAGUUCACAAUACAAAUCACCACUUAUCCAAAGUUAGAUGUUGGUGGUGGUAGUGAUGGUGAUGGUGUUGGAGGUGUUGCUGUUGGUGCGGGUGGUGGUGACUAA